AUGCCGACUGAGGACGUCUUCCCAACGCUCACGGACUGUGCUCGGUUAUUCCAAGGUGAUCAGACUCUCUUCGACGUGAAGUUCUUCCCGUACGCAACAGAAGGCGAUGAGAACAUCUUUGCCGUGACGGGUGAGAAGGAUGUCUUCAUUUUUCGGACCAAAGAGCAUGCGGAUCCGCCGUAUGAGCUUCUAGGAUGGUACAAAGACGCGUACAACAGCCUGGUGUGGACCAUCGACCCAACUACACAGCGGCCAUUGAUAUGCCUUGCUGGCAGCUCACCUAAACAGAUCAAGAUCCUCGAUGCUCUGACUGGCAAACCGCUACGGACGCUGCCCGGACACGGCAAAGGUAUCAAUGAUCUCGCCAUAUCUCCGCUCUCGACCAACAUAUUGGCAUCGGCAUCCGAAGAUUACACCAUCCGCCUAUGGGAUCUUCGACCGCAAUUUGAGUCACAACCAUGUGUAGCAAUGUUCAGCGGCGAAGGCCACAAACAGCCCACCCUGUCCAUCCAUUUCCAUCCCAAUGGCCGAUGGCUGCUAUCAGGUGGUCUGGACACAGCAGUCUGUCUCUGGGCUGUCCCGGACCUAGAUCAGCUCGACAAGCCUGAGGACGAGAUCAACCAACAUACCAAUCCCACAGUAAUCUACUACCCUCACUUCAUGUCCACAGAAGUCCACCACAACUACGUCGACUGCCUCCACUUCUACGGCGAUCUGAUCUUCUCGCGUGCGUGCCGUGAUCAGAAUGCCAAACCUGAGAACGAGAUUCUGCUCUGGAAGAUCGAUGGCUUCGACCACGACGAACCGCCUCCCGCUGACCCGCCCAUACCUGGCCCAACCACAUACACCCGAUCUUCCUUCCCUCACUCCCCUCGCUCGCGAGGCUUCCAGCGAUUACUGAGCUUCAGCAUCCCGUACACCGACCGCUUCUACCACCGCUUCGGCCUGCUGCAUCAACCGGGUAUGCGACCUAUCUUGUCGAUGGGGAAUCAGAACUCGACGUUCUUGUUCUGGGACCUACAAAAGCUGGAAGAAGGUUGGGACCCCGCGGAAGAGAAGAAGAAAGGGAGAGGCAGGGCCGGAAAGAAGGCGAAGCAGAAUGUCAGUUCGGAGAACCUCAAUCGCCUUGGAAGCGUGAGGUCAGAAAGCGUAGCGAGCGACAGCAAGAGCACCGGUGGCGGCGCUACCCCAAAACUCUCCUCCACAUCCAUCUCCACCCCCCUGACAGCCCCCGAGCGCAAAUUCGCCCUCUCCGACCCUUUUACGCCCAUCAAAGCACACUUCUCCGUCACGCCGAAGACGAAACUGUGUCGCAAUGCGAGGGGUCUGGAUGAGCAUUUCGCGACGAGUCAGAUGGCGUGGAGUCCGGAUGGGAAGUGGUUGGUUGCUUGUGGGGAUAAGGGGGUGGUUUGUCUUUUUCAUCGGGACAGGGCUGCAUGA